GGGGCGGGCGGGGGCGCUCCCUGUCAGCCUGGGCCCCUCGGCAGCACCAGGUGUGGAUCCAUGGGGUAGCCCCAACACCUCUGCCCCUCCACCCCAGCCAGCACAUGGGCCGCCUGGCCCAGCCCAGCCCCAGCACCCGGGGCCCUUGAGCGGACCCCUGGCUGCAGCCCGACCAUGUGGGGCCUGGUGAGGCUUCUGCUGGCCUGGCUGGGGGGCUGGGGCUGCAUGGGACGUCUGGCAGCCCCGGCCCGGGCCUGGGCAGGGUCCCGAGGGCGCCCAGGGCCUGCACUGCUGCGAACCCGAAGGAGCUGGGUCUGGAACCAGUUCUUUGUCAUUGAGGAAUAUGCCGGGCCAGAGCCAGUCCUCAUUGGCAAGCUGCACUCGGAUGUGGACAGGGGUGAGGGCCGCACCAAGUACCUGCUGACCGGGGAGGGGGCAGGCACCGUGUUUGUGAUUGACGAGGCCACGGGCAAUAUCCACGUCACCAAGAGCCUGGACCGAGAGGAGAAGGCGCAGUACGUGCUGCUGGCCCAAGCGGUGGACCGAGCGUCCAACCGGCCCCUGGAGCCACCGUCAGAGUUCAUCAUCAAAGUGCAAGACAUCAACGACAACCCUCCCGUCUUCCCCCUCGGGCCUUACCAUGCCACAGUCCCCGAGAUGUCCAACGUCGGGACAUCGGUGAUCCAGGUGACUGCCCACGACGCCGAUGACCCCAGCUACGGGAACAGCGCCAAGCUGGUGUACACUGUGCUCGACGGCCUGCCUUUCUUCUCUGUGGACCCCCAGACUGGAGUGGUGCGCACAGCCAUCCCCAACAUGGACCGGGAGACACAGGAGGAGUUUUUGGUGGUGAUCCAAGCCAAGGACAUGGGCGGCCACAUGGGGGGGCUGUCGGGCAGCACGACGGUGACCGUCACCCUCAGCGAUGUCAACGACAACCCCCCCAAGUUCCCGCAGAGUCUGUACCAGUUCUCCGUGGUGGAGACAGCUGGGCCUGGCACCCUGGUGGGUCGACUGCAGGCCCAGGACCCGGACCUGGGCGACAACGCCCUCAUGGCCUACAGCAUCCUGGAUGGGGAGGGGUCCGAGGCCUUCAGCAUCAGCACGGACCCUCAGGGGCGAGAUGGGCUCCUCACUGUGCGCAAGCCCCUCGACUUCGAGACCCGUCGCUCCUACUCAUUCCGUGUGGAGGCCACCAACACACUCAUCGACCCGGCCUACCUGCGGCGGGGGCCCUUCAAGGACGUGGCCUCGGUGCGUGUGGCCGUGCAGGAUGCCCCCGAGCCACCUGCCUUCACCCAGGCUGCCUACCUCCUGGCAGUGCCAGAGAACAAGGCUCCCGGGACCCUGGUGGGCCAGGUAUCGGCUUCGGACCUGGACUCCCCAGCCAGCCCAAUCAGGUACUCCAUCCUCCCGCACUCGGAUCCUGAGCGCUGCUUCUCCAUUGAGCCGGAGGACGGCACGAUCCGCACAGCAGUGCCCCUGGACCGCGAGGCUCGUGUGUGGCACAACCUCACCAUACUGGCCACAGAGCUCGACAGCUCCGCACAGGCGUCCCGUGUGCAAGUGGCUGUCCAGACCCUGGAUGAGAACGACAAUGCUCCCCAGCUGGCUGAGCCCUACGACACCUUUGUGUGUGACUCUGCAGCCCCUGGCCAGCUCAUUCAGGUCAUCCGGGCCCUGGACAGAGAUGAAGUCGGCAACAGUAGCCGCAUCUCCCUUCAGGGCCCUCUGGGCCCCGAUGCCAACUUCACCGUCCGGGAUAACCGAGAUGGCUCCGCCAGCCUGCUGCUGCCCUCCCGCCCUGCCCCGCCCCGCCAGGCCCCCUACUUGGUUCCCAUAGUGCUGUGGGACUGGGGGCAGCCGGCACUGAGCAGCACUGCCACAGUGACCGUGAGUGUGUGCCGCUGCCGGCCCGACGGCUCUGUGGCUUCCUGCCGGCCUGAGGCUCAGCUCUCACCAGCCGGGCUCAGCACCGGCGCCCUGUUGGCCAUCGUCACCUGUGUGGGCACCUUGCUUGCGCUGGUGGUGCUCUUCGUGGCCCUGCGGCGGCAGAAGCAGGAAGCGCUGAUGGUGCUGGAGGAGGAGGACGUGCGCGAGAACAUCAUCACCUACGACGACGAGGGCGGCGGCGAGGAGGACACGGAGGCCUUCGACAUCGCAGCCCUGCAGAACCCCGACGGGGCGGCCCCACCGGCGCCCGGCGCCCCCGCGCGCCGCGACGUGCUGCCCCGGGCCUGCGCACCGCGCCAGCCCCGACCCCCGGGCCCCGCCGACGUGGCCCAGCUGCUGGCGCUGAGGCUCCGCGAGGCCGACGAGGACCCCAGCGUGCCGCCCUACGACUCAGUGCAGGUGUACGGCUACGAGGGCCGGGGCUCCUCCUGCGGCUCGCUCAGCUCCCUGGGCUCUGGCAGUGAGGCCGGCGGCGCCCCUGGCCCCACGGAGCCGCUGGACGACUGGGGGCCGCUGUUCCGCACCCUGGCCGAGCUGUACGGGGCCAAGGAGCCCCCGGCCCCCUGA